ACUCACUUCCGCGUUACUGUACUGAAUGGAUUUUAUGAAACUGGUCUGUUAAGGUUAAAUUGUACUAGUUUGGGCUCGCUGUUGCGAUUUUCGGAAAAGUUAGAAGAAGUGUUUUAUAGACUAAACAAAAUGUUUAACUAGUUAUUUUAUAAACAGACGUGAUAACAAAAACUGGACGUGAAAUAAUCCGCGAAUUAAAUUUCAAUUCAAGUGACUACAUCAUAACUGAAAGAUGUUAAAAGCGAUUAUCCUAAUUGGGGGCCCUCAAAAAGGUACCAGGUUCCGCCCCCUGUCAUUUGAGGUGCCCAAACCUCUUUUCCCUGUAGCAGGAGUUCCAAUGCUGCAACAUCACAUUGAAGCCUGUGCCCAAGUUCCUGAUAUGAAGGAGAUCAUACUAAUAGGCUUUUAUCAGCCCAACGAUGAGCUGAACCGCUUCAUUUAUUCUGCUCAGCAGGAGUUUAAAAUCCCAAUCAGGUACCUGCAGGAGUUUGCUGCUCUGGGUACAGGUGGUGGGAUCUAUCACUUUCGUGACCAAAUCCUGUCCGGGGGCCCGGCUGCUUUUUUCCUCAUGAAUGCAGAUGUAUGCUCAGAGUUCCCCUUGCUAGAAAUGCUCCAGUUCCACCGUCAGCAUGGUGAAAAUCAUUGUGGAGUCCUACUUGGAACUACAGCAAAUCGAACACAAUCUCUGAACUACGGCUGCAUUGUGGAAAACCAUGAGACAAAUGAGGUGCUCCAUUUUGUAGAGAAACCCAGUACUUUUGUAAGCGACAUCAUCAACUGUGGCAUCUAUUUGUUCACCCCAGAUAUUUUUGCCCAUAUUGGGAAAGUUUUCCAGAGGAACCAACAAGAGAAGAUCCAGGAAGAGCUCACUCAUGGCAGGCAGAUGCCAGAGGUGGUUCGGCUGGAACAGGACAUUUUUACAGCCCUAGCAGGACAGAAAAAACUCUUUGUCUAUAAAACACAGCACUUCUGGAGUCAGAUAAAGUCUGCAGGGUCAGCAAUAUAUGCUAGUCGCUUGUACCUCAAACAGUAUCAUCAGACUCAUCCGGAGAGACUGGCCACAAACCAAGGUGGAACCCCCAAAAUAACAGGAGAUGUUUAUAUCCAUCCUACUGCAAACAUUGAUCCUUCUGCUGUGUUAGGUCCUAAUGUUUCCAUUGGCAAAGGGGUGACAAUUGGAGGAGGUGUAAGAGUGAGGGAGUCCAUCAUUUUACAUGGAGCCGUGUUACAGGACCACUGUUGUGUGUUGAACAGUAUUGUUGGCUGGGACAGCACAGUGGGGAAGUGGGCAAGAGUGGAAGGAACUCCAAGUGACCCUAAUCCCAAUGACCCGUAUGCCAAGAUAGACAGUGAGACUCUGUUCAGGGACGGAGGUCUGACCCCAUCCAUCACCAUCCUUGGCUGCAAUGUGAAUAUUCCAUCAGAGGUCAUCAUUCGAAACUCUAUCGUCUUGCCUCAUAAAGAUCUCAACAGGAGCUUCAAAAACCAGAUCAUUCUCUAAAAGACACUUUUCUCUUUUCUUGGGAAUAAAUAUUGCACAAUGGGGGAUGUAGAAAGUAUAUAGUAUUGUUUAUAGUUUAUUUUUAUGUAAUGUUUAGGUACUUGGAGAAAAUGUGUCUACAUAUGGAAGCAGAUUGUAUUACAGUAGUAUAGUGUAAAUUAUAUGGUUGAACAACUGGGGAUUUUCCUGAUAAAUUUCAGGAUUGGAUAUUUUGUAUUUAAUGACUCUGCUGAUACACCAGCCUUACACGCACUGACACAACAUUAGAUUUGAGUGUUAAUGGUUUUAUUCUUAAUAACAAAUGACACAUAUUAUACCUGUAUUGCCUUUUCCACAAAAUGAUGAGAGAUUAGGUCAUUUUUGUUUGUCUUUCUUUAGAAAAUGACAAAUUUGAAGGGACAUAGUGUUUUUUUGGGCAGAAACAAAACUUUUGUUGUUGUUGAUUAUCGCUUUAUUCUGUUACAACAGUUUAUUAAAAUAAUCUUAACACAA